CUCAUUCGUAUGCUCGAGGUAAUGUAGUGAAAAACGGUUUCUAGAGAAUUGUGCCGAAAUAAAAUUCCUUAAAAUUUUUUUCUUGCCAAUUUGUGUAUAAAAUGUGGCUAUAAACAAAGACGCUAUUUUCCACGAACACGCAGCUUUAGUCUUUCCUCCGUAGUUACAGUGUAGUGCCCGAUUUCAAGUACAUAAGAGAUUCCCUUUUGUUGGAAAAUUUGUAAAGAAAAGCAAUGGAAAUGUCAUUCUCCCAUACUUUUUGGAAAUAUACGCUGUUAGGUUUCAUUAUUACUAUUUCGUUGGUCGAUGUCGUCUUUAUAUCUAUUGGUGUUGUUUCGCUUGGCGCCGUAGGAUCGGUUAUGGGUGCCUAUAUAGUUACUUCAUUGGGUGCUAUUAUAUUCACAAUUAGUUUUGUUGGAUGUUUUGCAGCACUUCGUGAAUCUUAUGUUCUCUCUUUUGUAUUUUUAGGACUUUCAAUAGUUACAAUAGUCCUGCAAAUGGUUUUUAUAAUAGCGCUCGCAGUUUAUAAUGAUGAUUUGCUUGAAAUGAGUGCUGAACGCAUUGACGGUUUAUGGGAUGCCGAAACCGAAAAAUCUGGUGCUAUGGACAAUAUACAUGUGAUGUUUGGUUGCUGUGGCAAAGAAAGUCCACAAGAUUUUCUUCAAGAUGACGAUGAUGUGCUGCCCAAAAGUUGUUGUCAACUCUUUGACUGCACCAGUGCGGGUAAUAUCUAUUCAAAAGGUUGUGUAGGAACUGUUGCAGAAUAUUUUGACGAUCAAAAUGAUUACUUAGUUUUAAUAAUAAUUGGUUUAACAGCUUUAGAGUUAAUGGGUAUCGUAUCUGCUUUCUAUUUGGCUAGAAGUUUGCCAGCGAGUUCUCAAAAAUCUGAACAAAUAAUUAUUCACGAAUAAAUUGAACCGUAAUAUUAAAUAUUUUUAUUACUUAAUUUAUUAUUAACCAAGCCAUUACUUAUU